CUUCGACGCGAGUUCGUUCCUCCUACGUCAUCUUCGAGCGACGCAUUUUUACUAAAUCGCAAGAAAGUAGCUCGCUGCUUUGUUUUCAAGAAUGGCGUCCUCAAAGAAGGGGAAAAAAGUUGUAAAUCAGGAGGAACUUCGGCGCCUGAUGAGGAUAAAACAAAGACAGACAACAGACAAGAAGCGCGUGGAGUCUCCUUUUGCUAAAUAUAACAGUCUCGCGCAUCUCAGCUGCACCUUGUGCAACGUGCAGGUGAAGUCUGAGCUGCUGUGGCCGGCGCAUGUUCUCGGAAAACAGCAUAAAGAGAAAGUAGCCGAGCUGAAGGGAGGGAAGAGUCAACCAGUGGCACCACAGAGUCAACCAGUGGCGCCACAGAGUCAACCAGUGAAGAGGAGAGCGCCCGACAGCGAGGACAACAAGGGGAAGAGGGUGAAGCCCUCCUCGGAUGCGGGUCAGUCUACGUCAUCGGAGCUGCCAGGUGAUUUCUUUGAGAAACCCAACGAGAAGGGGGCUGUUUCUACUCAAACAUCUGCAGGUCUGAGUCUGCUGGCUGGGGUUUAUGAUGAUGGAGAUGAUGAUGAUGAUGAUAAUGAAGAGGAGGCAGGUGAGGCAGGAACCACAAACCCUGCUCCUCCUCCUGCAAAGACUGAAGCUGCAGGACUACCCGAUGACUUCUUUGACAGCUCCCUCCCGUCCACACCCGCCAUCUCCCACUCAGGAUCCAUCCUGAAGGCAAACGUGGUGGAGAAAAGCGCAGAAAAGAAAGAAAACAGCGCAGAGGCACUGCCGGAGGGCUUCUUCGACGACCCUGUCAGAGACGCCAAAGUGCGCAACGUGGACGCGCCCAAAGAUCACAUGGACAAGGAGUGGGAAGAGUUUCAGAAGGAGAUACGACAGGUGAACACCAAGUCAGAGGCCAUCGUGGCGGAGGACGACGAGGAGGGUCGCCUCGAACGACAGAUUGAUGAAAUCGAUGAACAGAUCGAGUGUUAUAAGAGAGUUGAAGUUCUGAGAGACAAGAGGGAUGUGGUGAAGAGCAAGGUGCUGCCCAGUGCGGAGGAACAGAUGGAGGUAGAUGGCAGCGAUGAGGAAGAAGAGGAUGAAGAGGAGCUGCUUGGGCUUUUGUACCAUGACUGGAGGGCUAAAGGGGCACUGGCCUAGGUCUCUCUAGAGC